AUGUUCCUCAACAUUUCUUGUCAAGUUGAAGUUGAAUCAAGAAUAGAAUUAUACCAAACUGAUACUCUGUCUGUCCAUACAACUUCUCGAACUAGCGGAGAUAGAUAUAGUGACUAUUAUUUGCUCUCUGAUAGUUAUAGAAGUGAACCUCAGAUUAACGAUGUUGAUGAAACUACACCAGCUAGUCAAGAGGGACACCAGCUCUCUGAUAGUGACGAGAUUGAACCUCAGAUUAUCGAUGUUGAUGAAAUUACACCAGCUAGUCAAGAGGGACACCAGCUCUCUGAUAGUGACAAAAUUGAACCUCAGAUUAACGAUGUUGAUGAAGUUACACCAGCUAGUCAAGAGGAACAUCAGCUCUAUGAUAGUGAACUUCAGAUUAACGAGAUGUUUCAAAUUGAGACGUGGCUAAAAAAAGGACAAAGACGUACAAAUGAAGAUAGAAGACGUAAAGGGGAGAAUAAGAGACGUAAGGAGGAAGAUGAAAAACGUAUAGAGGAAGAUAAAAAAUUUAAAGGAGAAGAUGAAAGACGCAAAGAAGAAGAUGAGAGACGCAAAGAGGAAGAUGAGAGACGCGAAGAGGAAAAUGAAAGACGUAGAGAGGAAGAUGAGAAACGUAGAGAGGAAGAUGAAAAACGUAAAAUGGAAGAUAAAAAACGUAAAGAAGAAGAUGAAAGACGUAUAGUGGAAAACGAAGAACGUAAAGAGGAAGAUAGACUACUAUGGUCGAUGCUUGGACAUAAUUAUUAA